GUUUCUGACCAGCAGUGUCAUGGUCGAGGAGCUGGCACGUUGGAAGGCCGAUCUCACGCAGAAAAGCCAGAUCCUGAACCAGUCCACCAAGCAAUUGCUGCAUACCACGCACCAGAUACGCGAGAUUCAGCUGGAUAUGCUGAAGCAACUAAUGUUUUUGACUGCCACCGAUAUGAUUAGCCUGAGUGCCGAGAAUCUGAACAUACUACAGCUCCACACGGGAGUGGGCAUUCCCGAGGAGACUCUCAAGCCGAACGACUGUCCACCGCCGAACGCUGUGUUCCCCACCGUCUACGCGAGCAUUUGGAUAAUGAUGGCAAUGUGUUUUAGAUUAUCUUAAUCAAUUCACCCGGACUCUCAACCAGUCGGCCAGUGCCAGCCGGAUUAUCGUGAGCGACCAGCACCAUCUGGACACGCCAAAGAAGUUAUUUGACAAAACAAGGGAGACAAUUCAGCAAUUUAAGGCUAAUUGAGAAAAAACAAAUGUGCUGAUUGAUAUCAAUAUAGCUGCUCGGACGGAUGAGCAAAGCAAUGCCAUUUUUCUUAUAUUUGUAGCUGUAACGAGGUAGGUGCUAGGUAGAAAAGUAGGGUGUAAUCUGUGUGGGAUACCUAAUGAAAAUGUCUUCUUAUUUACAGAUUUCUUGCACAACGUGUUAAUGAAAGCAUUCUAAAGGAACAGUCUGUGCUGGUAAGUAUUUAUAUAUUCUGAGUCUUAUUUUUUUACAAAUUAUCCACUGUGUGCAUUUCCUUUUUUAAUUUUAAAAUAUUGAGUGGCUGGAAAUACAUCCUUUGUUUGUUUCGUAGCUGAAGAGGUUUGUUGGUUUUCGAACCGAGAUAAAAUUUUACCGUAGAGCCGACACUAACUUUAUCUCCAAUUUCCGAAGGUAGUAGAAUAUUAAACGUCGAAUCUCCACUGUUCGUCUCAGGGACUGGUUCUACUCGGGCCAUAUAAACGCCGAAGUCUUUGGAGAUAUCUAGCAAGUGGACUGUGUGGGUGGAUUUUCUGUCGCUUAGAUGGCGAUGAUCCAUACUGGUUUCCUUCAUCAUCGUCCUGAACUCGUCCACGUAGCCUCCUUUAACACAACGCUCAGGAACCGCCUUCUUCCUGCUGAAAGCUGGAAGGUAUUGACGGACGGUUGGUUCUGGCACUAGUUGAACUCCUAGCGAGGAAUCAAUGUAGCCAUUCAUUGACUGAUCUUUUAAUUCGUUCCAAAGUUGCGAUGUCUUUCGAGGGGCUCUGCCACCAGUCUGUGCGCUGGCGGAUCUAGGAGAGAUGUGUGACCUGCAAAAUGGCAUUGAUUUUGUCCUACGCGGCAGUGCUGGCCAACUGGUGUUCGCUAACUCCCUAAAUGUCGCAAACCUGGUAGCCCAAUCCGUUGUUGUCGGACUACUGCUUAUGGACGUGGAAUUUUGUAGGUUUAGCCAAGCCUUUUCGAACUCGGAUCGAGGUUUUUUACGCUGUGACUCCACCAAUGGUGAUUUUGGCUGACACUGUUGCUUGGUGUUUGGCCCAGCGUCUGCAGCCGCAUUCUCCUGUUGCACAUCGCCGGCAGGCCGGGAGCUGUAUUUACGUUUGGUAAUGAUUUGUUCCGGCGAGGAACCAAUGUAGCUAUCAUCGGAUACGCCGGUGUGGCUCGAAUCAUUCAGUGACUCGUCUUUGAAUUCGUUCCAAAGCUCCGAUGUCUUUCGAGGGGCUCUGCCACCAGUCUGUGCGCUGGCGGAUCUAGGAGAGAUGUGUGACCUGCAAAAUGGCAUUGAUUUUGUCCUACGCGGCAGUGCUGGCCAACUGGUGUUCGCUAACUCCCUACAUGUCGCAAAC